GAUGUUUUCGGUGCUUUUCAAUGCAGACACUCAGUAAAAUGGCUGUCUAGCUCAGGAAAACGGAACCAAAAUAAUAAAAUAAUGGCCUUAUAUCUUUGAUUGCAUCCUAUGCAGUGAAAGGUGGAAUGGAGGGUGUUCCUGGUCUGCCCCCUGCCGGCAGCACCCAGAGUAUGGAGGGUAACUCCAAAGAGCAGCUUGACAAGCUGGAAGAAAUCAGCUCUACCUUGGAAGAAAUCGAAGAGAGUCUUCAGCAAAAGCAUCUGAAGUUACUGAGUCCCGGUAUCCCUCUGUCAAGGAAAGCAGCUCUUCAUAUGGAUAUUGACAGGACGGAGGCACAAGUUAAAGAACUCCGGCACAGGAAGACACAAAUUGAAGUGGAUUUGGGUAUUAAGGUCCCCAAGGAGGAGGCUGGUGUCUCCAGUGAUGGGACAAUACAGUCGCGACCUGCAUCAGCUGGGCCAAGCUCUGGGAUGGCGGGUCUGAGUCCAGGAUUCAUAAAAGAUGAAGAAGCCGGUGGUGGAAAUCAAGGUAAAAACAAAAUGCGAAGAAGGUCUGCGAGUCCCACCUUUGGUAUGGCCAGUCCUUCCUGUAGUGUGCCGCUGCCUAAAGAACCUUGGCCAAACCACCCUCAAGAGAAGCCAGUGCUACAGAAAUCGGCGUUGUUUGCGAUUUUGGGAAGCGGGUCAGACCAAAACAAGCCACGUCCAGCAAAGAAGGGGCCACACAGAUCCGCCAGCUUCGAUAGUCACGAACUUUCACCACUAGGACCAUCCCAAGUUGAUUCUGCUCAAUGUUCCAUCGAAACCCAUCGAAAUCAGGACCACCAGUCAUCUGCUCAAACCUCACCAUUCUGUGUGCCCGAGUCCUGCCAUAACACCCACCCACUAAAUGAAUCACUGAACUGCAUCCAGACAUCGACAGAUUCUGAAAACGUUCAUUCUAGUCAGGCAAUCAGUAUGAUUCCGGAUGGUUAUGCUAGCACUAGCGCUAGCAGUUCCGAUUCCUCUUUUGUUGACGGAUCAAACGCUCCAUGUUCGAAACCUGUGCCAAGUGGGAGUCGGCCGCGGCAGGAUGAGGUCAGCACAAACGUAGCAAGUGUUUCCCAUGCUCCGUUGAGGCAGUCCAGUCAUGAUUGUCUUCUUCCUAAUAGUAAUACUGACACAAGUUCCACGAAAGCUCUCAAUGACAUAGAACUGAUCUUGAAAAGAUUUACAAUGGGUUUGAGUAUACGAAGAGAACUGUCUGAGAAAAUUAAUGAGAUUAGAGCUGGGUUUGUGCAAAUGAGUGGGGCAGUUGUGGAGUCUUCCAAGCCCAGUUACCAAGCAACUUCCGGCACAAGCUCACUGGACUGCAGGUCCAAAACAAUGGUGCGCUCCGUCUCCGAUGACUCUCUUCAAACCUCCACUAGAGGCGAUCCGCGGCAAAGUCGAGAGAACACUUUGCAAGUUGAAACUCUCUUAUCUCGGAUUAAAGCUUUGGAGAACGAAGUGAGGUUUCAGACUGAUGGUAAUCUGAAACAGCGUGUGAAAUUGAAACAGGCGGAGGACUCUUCUAGAGUUUAUAAGACUGUGUUGGAGUCACGAAAGCAUCCAGGGUGGGAGGGACAGAAUAAACUGGAGGCUUUGGUUCGUGAGUUACACACUGAGAAAGGUCAGGUUAGUGAGCUAGUCAAUGAAUUAGAGACACAGCUCCAGUUUCAAGCCAACGCCCAUGUUGACGUGUUUAACAAGUUGAAGCAGACGGAAGCGGAGCUUCAUAAUCACAAGACAAUGAUGGAUUUUCAUAAAGUCCAGGAUGCCAAAGAACAAGAUCAACUGAAGGAGUUGAUUCGUAGUUUGCGAGAGGAGAAGGAGGCGUCUGAAGUGUUGGUGAAAGAUCUUAGAGGCCAGUUAAAUGACGAGAGAAUGGUGCGGGAAAAUGCCGAGAAAUCUGUCAGAGAUUGUCAGGAGAAUCUCGAUGCCAAACAGCGCAGAUUGGAUUUAUUGCAAGCAGAUUUCGACUCCAGGUUGACGUUGGUCAGUGAGAAGGCUGAAGUUACGUUAAAUGUGGCUCAGUCUGAGUUAAAACGAUCUGAGGCGCAAGUCGAGAAGUUGGUCGCAUCUGCUGACGCUUGGAAUAAAAAAACAGAAGAUUUGGUCCGCGCUGCCAAGUCUGAUUUGCAGGAGUCUGAAGCCGAGGUGAAAACCUUGAAGCAGAAGUUGGUGGAAUUUGAUAAAGUUAAACUGGAGAAAGAUGAGGUGGAGGAGUGUGCGCGAGAUCUUAGGUUGAUGUUUGAGACGGAGGAAAAGAAAACCAAAGAACUCUCAAAUGAGAAGAUUGAGUUAGAAUCCAAGAUGAGGCAUCUUAAGGAAGUGUGCAAUUCGCUGAAAUCUGAUUGUUCAUCCAUGCGGCAACAGUUGUGUGAUCUGAAGAAGAAGGAUGGGCUGAAUGAGAAAUUGAAAAGUUCGUUAUCUGAGGAAAGCAGCAAGUUACAAAAUGAGAAUUCAAAACUGCGAAAGGACUUAGAUGGUUUGAGAAUUGAAAACGCGGCACUUAAGAAAAAAGCGGACAGUUUAGCUGCGACUUUAGAAGAGUUGAGUGUAACUUUGGAGAAUGUGACUGCUUUGAAAACUAACAAUGAGAAGUUAGUGGAGAAAACAGCAUGUCAGUCGAGAGCUUUGCAUGACCUCGAGUCGGAGAAAUCAAAAGCUGUGGACUCCUUGGCGAGAUUGAGCGCCGAACAUGAGACUUGUUUAGACACAAUUGAUAGACUAACUGACCAGUGUGAUUCAUUACAAACGGACCAGACAGCAGCCAAGAGAGAAAAAGAAACUAAUUUGGCAAAUCUGAGAGCUGAGCAUGAUUCUUGUAAAGAGACGAUCAAAUUACUGAUGGAGAAGAAUGCAGCUCUUGAGGAAGAAUGGAACGCAAAGGAUAACCUGACUGAUCUUGUGCCAGAGAUUGAUGCGUCUGCUGGACGCGUGAAAUCAUUGUGCGACAAAUAUGAUGUAAUCCAGAAGGAGAAGGAAGACCUGAUCAAAGAAAAAACAGAUUUGGCGAACAGUUUGUGUGAAGCUGAGUCGCGUUUAACUAGUCUGUUAGCAGACAAUGAACACAUUGGCGGCAAAAUCAAGUUGUUGAGUGGGCAACAGAAUGAACACAUAGCUACAAAUGCCAGGCUUGAGAAGGAGGUUGAGGCCAAGGAGAAAGAGCUGAACGCAAUGAAGGGCAACAUAUCUGAUUGGGCAGCUGAUAUUGAAAAGUAUGCGCAAGCUGUUAAAGAUGUUGAAAGACAGCUGGGAGAUGCGAAGAAGUUAUUGGAUGAGAAGACGACAGAGUUGGAGCAUCAGAGGAUAACACAUGAUGAGAGACUUGAGCAGCUGAAGAAUCAGCUUGCAGAAUUGCAGAACUGUUUUGAUGAGAAGACUUCUGAAUUGGCUCGUGAGGUGACCGCGAGUAAAGUAGAAUGUGAGGAAAUGAAAAAGCAACUCAAAGAUUGUGGACAGUCACUUUGUGAGAAGACUUUGCUGUUAGGGAAGGAGAGAGAAAGUACUGGGCAACUGGGGAAAAAACUUGCAGAAGCCCAGAAAUCUUUAGAGGAGAAGACAUUAGAACUGGCUGGCCUGACGAAACUCGAGAGGCAACUUGCAGAUUCGCGAAAAUGCCUCGAUGAGAAACGGAGAGAGUUAGAAAUUGCGCGGAAACUUCACAAGACGAAGAUUGAGAGUCUGAUGGCUUUGAAUAAAACGUUCCAAGGAAGCGAAUCACCAGAAAAAUUGGUUGAAAAUUACAAGGAUCAGUUGAUUUCUGCGGAAGAAGAGUUGAAGCAGUCGGUGUCAGACUUGAAGGAGGCUAAACGUCUGCUCUCGAAAGCUGUUAGGAAGGUCAGGAAUGAAACGGAGAAUUCCGACACCAAAUCAGAGAAGGAAAGUAUCAAUGUUAUCCUGCUUGCACAGGAUGUUUCAAAAAUGUUGCUGGUUGAGUUUGAGAGGGCGGAAAAACUGACUGCUGAGUUGGAAGUGUUGAGAAAUGCCCAAGCUGAGAGCGUGAACAUGUUUGAGACAUGCAUGUUGGAUGUAGAAAAGUUGGAGGCAGAAAAUGUCGAGAAGGACAAAUUGUUAGUGGCCCAGACGACAGAGAUGGAGAAGUUGAAAAUGGAGAACAUAGAGAGGGAAACGUUAUUGGGGAACCAAAAGUCUGAGAUGGAGACAUUGAAGAAGACGCUUCGAGCUAGUCAGGCGAAGCUGGAGCUUGAACAGAUGUUCCUGAGGGAAUGUCGUUCAAGUUUGGAAGCAGAACAAGCAGUGCUGGAGGAGACUCAAUCAAAGUUGGAGGCCGAAACCACAAUGUUGAAAGAAUGUCGGUCAAAACUAGCCAAGGAGCAGACGCUAAACAAGAUCCUUCAGAAGAAUGUUGACGAUGCGCUGAAAUUUAUGAAUGACUACAAGGAAAAGUAUCAAGCUAGCGAGGCCCGAUUGGCUGAAAUUCGGCUGGGUUCUUCGAGCGACUACUGUACUGGUUCUGAUGCGAGUUCGGGGAGCUCUCCGGUCCUUGAUUCGGGCGAGAACAUGACACAGUCUAUAAGAACAGAUGACUCCAAGGCUCUAGAUUUGACAGUUGGCCGAAACUUAAUCAAAAACACACCAGCUGUGUGCAGGAGUUCAGUAGACUCAGGAAUACGAAACUCUGGGGAAUUUUCCAAUGCAGACAUUGAAAGGAAACAAAGGGCGCACUUGGUUGAGGAACUAAACAAAGAAUUGACUCUGGUGCAAAAUGAGAAUCAUUACUUAGAGCAUUGUUUGAAAGACCUGGAGAAGGAGGGCGGGGAAUGUAGGACACGUUGCCAGGAAUUGUCCGAGCUGAAUUUGAAUCUAGUCAAGGAAAAAGGUGCUUUGAGUGCCAAAGUCAAGGAGCUGUUGAAAAGAAUGAUAUCAGACCCUGAAGCAAAGCUGUGCCAAGAAAGGUCUAUUGUCGCUAAACCUAGCGGGACUAGGGACCAAGGGGAUGAGGCACAGAGUAAUGAGAUAGACUCUGCUGAUCCGAGUAUUUGUAAGGAGUGUACAAACCUGAAACAGAUGUUAAAGGAUUCGGAGGAAAGGGUCAGUGAGCUGAAGGUACGGUUCCAGGGAGAAUUGGCAGAGUGCAUUGGUGAGCGAGACGAACUCAAAGAGAAAUACAUUGAGUGUGAUAAAGUUAGGCUGCACCUUGAAAAGGUGAAGUCGACACUGGAGGUCCAGGCUCAAAACGUUGGAGAGCACGAUGUGAUUCACUGUCGUCUGCGACUACAAGGGGAGCAGGAGCGGACAAGACAGUUAAACGAGUUGCUGCAGCGAGAGCAUGAGGAGUUGGAAAAAUGCCGAAAGGAGCGUGACAUUUUGGAUGCCAAAUUGAAAGAGCAGACGGAUGUUGAAAAACAACUGCAGAAAGACAAGCAGAUGCUUUUGAUGUGUGUGAAGCAGUUCCAGUUAGAAACGGCAAAUGAGAAGACGUCGUCUGGGAAGAAGAAAACCAGUGUUGACAAACGAUGUGGUGCUCUGGAUGUGCAGUCUUCAGUCAUGGUGGAGCAGUGGUUGCGGGAGCAGGUUGGUCGCCAUGAUACGAGUCCAGCGAAAGGAGACGUUGGUUGCAGUGAUUGUCACAAGCUGCAGAUGUCUCUAUCAAACCUGGAAUCUGAGAAGGAGGAGUUGGUCAGAUCGUUGGCUGAGAUGAACCAGGCGUAUGAGACACUAGCUGGGCUGAAAAAGGAAAAUGAUGUCACAGAAACUAGUCCGUCUGUCGCAGCUGACCAGGAUGCAGGAAAGCGGAGAACUAGAGCUGCUGUCAGUCUCGCCAAGAGAGUAAGCAAAUUAGAUGCCGAGUUGCUGUCGAUGCGUGUGAAGCUAGACUCCAUGACUGAGACAAAGCGCAAGUUGGAAGAGUCAUUGGCAGAGGCGCUGCAGACGUCUACGACAGAUCGGCAGAAGGUCGAACGUAUGGAAGAUGAUCUGGCAUUCAUGAGAAAUAAACUGAAAUCAACCCAGGCAGAUUUGGCAGUGAAACGAAAUGAUACAGUACAGCUCCAACAGAAUUUACGCUCAGAAAUUGAACGCUCCCAAAUGCUGGUGCAGAGUAACAACAAGUUGAAAACAAAGUUGGAAAAUAAGGAUUAUCUCAUCGAGGACUUAGCGCUUGAACUCAAGGGGACAAAAUCUAAACUGACGGAACAGACUUUUGACUACACAGAUACAAAAUCAGCCCUACAGCAUAAAGAGCGUAUUGUGGCGGACCUGACUUAUCGUUUAAAUAUUCUCUGUGCGAACUUUUCCAAUAUGAAUGUACCAAGGCCGCAGGAUGUUGAGGACUUGAAGUUAUAUUUGAAGAACAUGGACUCGACGCCAAAAACCGGAGUAGAGUCUUCUUCUAAUAUGAAACAGUUGGUGGAAGAUUAUGAUUCCGGCAGCGAUGAGAUGGAAGAGGUGAGGUCAGUCCGUAUCAGCAGUCCACGAAAUAUUCAGCAUGUUGAUGAAAAUUUGCAUGAGAAAGAUGUCGCAGAACUCAAAAAACAAAACCGUAAAUUGGUAGAACUUUACAAUACGCAGGAGAAAUUGAUCGAACAUUUGUCGCAGGAAAAACUACGUUUCCAAGAGAAGGCUUCUAAGGAGUGUCAGGAGGAACGUGCAAAGCAAUUAGAAACUGAGAAUAAAACCCUGAGAGAUGAAUUAGUGGCAGUGCAGGAAAUCGUUGGUGAAUUGCAGGAGAAGGCGCAGAAGCUUGGGAAAGAGAGCAUUGUCGCCCUUGAUAGGUUUUCUCGUUCUGAAGCCAAGUCUCGCCAGAAUUCACGGGGCAAUGAAAAGUUACAAGAGUUGCAGAUUACCCUCCGGAAUCUCCGUGGGCAGCUCCAGGUUGAGAGGCUUGCUAUAAAAUCAUUGAAAGAUGAGAAGAAUGCGCUGAGAGAAACGUUACAAAAGUCUGAGCAUGAAGUUGAUCAUCUCCGUCUGCGAUUCCUUGAUUUAUCCAAGUCUGAAUGUGAGCAGAAGAUGGAAUAUUCUCUGUUGCAGGGGGAUGCAAAGCUUUGGACCAAGGAGAAAGGUCGUUUCCAGGAGGUACUGGCGGUAUCUAGGAACGAGAUAAAGACGCUCGAGAAAGCUGUGUCGUCACUCCAGGGGACUGUCGAUGAUUUGAGGAAGGAGUUGGGAGCGGAGAGAUUGGGAUGCGCUACGUUGAAAGAUGAAGCAAAGGCUUGGCUGUCUGAGAGGCGGCAGCUGAUGAUGGAGUUGGAGAUGGCUGAAAACGAGCAGCAGAAAUUUCAAGGUCAGUUGGAGGAGAGUGCAAAGCAAGCCAAGGCUGAAGAGGGGAAGGUGCAGGAGUUCGCACAGCAGGUGAAGGCACUGCAGGAAAGUGAGCUGGAGCUCAAGCGGCAGAUGCAAGACAUGGAAGCAGACGUCAAGGAUAAGAGCGACAGAAUUCUGGUCUACGAGGGAGUCUUGAAGCAAGUCAAACAUUUCAAUGUCACAAAUAACCUAAACCGGCAAUUAGGGAUUGUCCGAAAUGAGAAGCAGCAAGUUUUGAAGGUGUUGUCUGAGAAGGAAAAGGAGGUUGCGAUGUUGAAUUUGGAACUCAAGCAGCAGGAGGUAAAUUUUAAGGAAGCCUUAGAUGCGAAGGAGAACGCGCUGAUGAGUCUGCAGAGUGGGAUAGCGGUGUUGACGAAGCAGUUGUCCAGCUGCCGCUCCAAGGCGGUUGGGCUUCUUCAGAUGAUACAGGAAAAGGAGACGGAAGUGCGCCAUGUUACUAAAAAGUUUGAAGCGCAGGUCGCCGAGCGGGAAGAGACCAUCGCUUUGUUGGAGAAGAAAAUCAAAGAACUCGAACACAAUUUCGAAAUGUUGAAAAAUGAACAUGAGAUUAUGAACAUUUCUAAGGCACUUGAUGAGAAUCUUGUCGCUGAGUUGAGGCGUGACUUUGAAGUCAUGGAACACAAAGUUGCCGACCUGAAGUUUCAGAAUACUGAGUUGGACAUGAAGAAAGCAGAACUGACAGAUAAGAAUUUUGAGUUCUUGACAAAGAUUGGAAAGUUGGAGAAAGCGGUUGAGGUGAAAGACAAUAUAAUGGAGGCUUGCAAGGAGCAGUUGGUUCUGAUGUCCAACCAGUUGGAUAUUGCUUAUCAUCACAAAGACGCAGACGGUCAGAGUCCCAAUCAGGAGGGAUUAGCGAUGAAACAGGCACAGUUAAAUGAAAGGGAAGCAAAGUUAGUGGAGAAAGAAAUGCUGGAACAGAAACGCCUGGAUACUCUGAAUCUGAAGGAAAAGGAAGUAGAGAAGUUGAAAAAUGCAUUGAAGAAUCGGGAGACUGAUUUGAAAAAACGGGAAAUGACUGUUGCGUCGUUUGGGGAAGAAGUAAGAUCGAAUGUCAAAGAUCAGUUGAACGGGUGUUUGUCAGAGCUGCAGAUGUCCCGGAAGGAGGAGACAAGAACAAAAGCUUUGGAUGAAUCGCUGAAAGCUCGAGAGCUGACGGUCAGUAAUAAGGAGGCAGACUUGAUUGCGAGGGAGGAGCUUCUCAAUGGAUGCCACCUAGAAAUCCAGGAGUUGGCCGGUGCAGUGACCAUUUUGGAAUGCGACGUUGGAACCCUGAAGCAAAACCUGUACGCGAAGGAGGCCACUUUGGAGACUUCUAAGCAGACGUGUGCUGAUUUGGAAACACGGUUGACAGCUGCCUUGGAUGAGUUACUGAUUGAGAAGCAAAAGAGAAAGCUCAGAAGUUGUGUGAAGACAAAGUCUGUCAAGACGAUGACAGAUUUUGACGUGUCCGAUGCUGCUGUUACUCCUGAGUUAGAAACAGAAACAGAUACUCUUGCAAAACCUGCAGUCCCGGAGCUGGAGAUAAGUGUAGCCGUUCCAGAAGUCAAGGAGGUCAAGUCAACGGAAACCCAAACCAUGAGGGAUAAUUUUGGCAAACAUUUCUGCCACCAGUGUGGUGUUUUAUUAGAUCCAAAAAGCCAGGAAGGUACAUCAGAAGAUUCAGGCUCAAAAGAUGUGUCCACAGACAAGACGCUUAGCUCGGACUGUGAAGAUUGCGUGGUACAAGGAUCUAGCGAAAGGGAUGGAGAGGACCCUGAGGUCUUGAUGGAAGCGGAGGCGUACUUUGUCAUGACGGAACCUCUCAAGGAUCCGACCGUGAUCUCCCAAGAGUUGUGUGUGGCCAACCGACAACCAGACGGGUCCCUGUCCAUCUCGCCCCUGAAGAACUUCACCUUUGGCAACGAUGCGGCAGUGCUGCAGACUGCCUGUGAGCAAGCUGUGCUAGAGGAGGUCAGAUUGAAAGAGAAGUUCGAGGAACUGAGGUCGGGCAUUGCCGAGUUGAGAUCUGAAGUGAAAGACAGGGAGAGCUGCGCAUACAAACAGCUCGACACUAUUGAGGAAGUCGAAGACGAAAUGACCCGAAUCAUCGCAAACCUGACCAACGAGAUCAAGGCCCUGGAAGCCAGGCUGGCAGAUGCUGUGAAAGAGACCCCUGAGCUCAAAGCCGCUAUCACCGCGUUGGAGAAAUAUCUUGCCAGCGAGCGGGUCGCACAUGGGGAUAUGAAGACUAAAUAUGUCAAUGAGAGGAACUUGAAUGUCUGGCUGGAAAAACAGCUCCAAGAAGCCAGGAUUGAAAUCGACUUGGCCAAGACUGCAUCUGUUAAAGCUGAGCCGGUCCUUCAACCGGCACCCUCACACAAGGAGACAUUGCCACCACCUGCCAAUCUGCUUCACCCAGCGUCACCGGGAACCAGCUCGGUGCGGAAGAGGAAGCAGAAGUGUAUGAAGACGAUGGGAGAUGGCGCUAAAGUUGCGAGGAAAUCUCCGUCGAAGGGCGCAAAGCCACGACCCAAGUCGCCUGCAAGAGCAAGAUCGCCUGGGCGUGUGGCGUCGCCGAGAGAUGGCACCAGGAUGAAACAGGUGACUGAGAAACAGGACGAGAUGGAACCUGUCCAAUUGUUUGCAGCAGACGUACCAGCAGACGAUGCUGAGACGACGAGUCCAAACAAAGAUCAAUAUGAGGAGGCGUUGACUGUCAUCAAAACAAAGAAAGACAAGGCCAAAAAACGGAUGUGGUAUCCAUGCACUAUCUGCCACAAGACGUUCACCGAUCCAUUCUUCUUCAAGAAUCAUCUCCGCUGCCACGAACGUCAACAAUUCUUCUGCACACUUUGUGACAAGAACUUCUCCAACAAACGUCUGUACACCAGUCAUCUUCUCAUGCACGAAAAAGUCGACUUACCGCCAGCGGAAUACCGAUGUUGCGUCUGUAACAUUGAAUGUACGUCUGCUAUCGAGUUGAAGAUUCACAUGAUCAAACAUCCUGCAUUGGAAGACUCAUUGAAACCUUACAAGUGCAGGAAGUGCCAUAAAGCGUUUGUCUUGAUGAGUGGUUUGAAGGCUCAUUCUCGGGUCCAUAAGAAAGGACGGAAGAAAUUCAGUCCGAAGAAGAAACGAAAACGUUCCACACCGACGUGUGGCACCUUGGUGCUCCGGCCGCUGGAUUUUGAAACGAUUACUCAACACGCUGAGGUUGAGUUGAAGAAUCCUGUAGUCGAGAUAGAAAAUCUGAUCGUCAAUAGCCAGGUGGAGGAGUUGCCAGGGGUGACCAUGAAUUUGCCGGCGGCAGAAGACAAAGCAGAGGCAAAGGUGCUGGUUAGGGCAAUGGGCAUGACCAAGGAUGUAUUGGAAUCAAAAGGCGGGAAAAAAAAGGAACCUAAAUUUGAGCGAGGUGUCACCCCUGUAGAACUGAAUUCUGUCACACCUGCUAAACUGAAUUCUGUCACCCGUGUUGGACUGAAAUCUGUAGAAACUGUGAAUGUUGAUCCUCUGGAAUCUGCUGAGCUCGUUCAAUCAGAGCCUGUUCCACUUGAGCCAGAAGUGACUGCAGAAACUGAAAAACCCAUCGAAAAUAAAAAAACUGGACCAAGUGACGGUACAGAUAAAAUUGAACUAAAAUGUCCGCACUGUCCGAAAAUUUGCCAUAUGGAGUUUACGUAUAAGCGUCAUCUGUUGGUUCAUUCAGGUACUAAAGACUUCGUGUGUACGAUCUGUGGCCAAGCAUUCCCGCUCAAAUGCAAUUUGGCGGUGCAUGUUAAGACGAGGCACGAUACGCCAAGUGCAAGUCCGAGUGAUAUUGUCGUUAAAACAGCCAAGAAAUUGGCAGGGAAAGCUAAGCUGAAACUGCAGAUAAAGAAGCUUGCUUGCGAUCAGUGUGAGGAAAUGUUUAAGUUUAAAAAAGAGCUCAAGAAACAUGUCCGUGAGGUUCACAAGUUGAAAAGUCGGAAGAAAGAAAUCAAAGCCGUCACCUACACGUGUCCAGUCUGUGAGAAAAAGUUCUACCUGCACACAAAGCUGUUUUGUCACAUGGAAACAGAACAUUUAAUCUCAAUGGAUUUGAAUACGAGCAGCGUUGAAACGCCUGUGAUGAUUCCGCCCAAGUGUAUCCCGUCGCCUGUGGAGGAUACAGGUCUCCUCUCAUCGCCUGUGAGUGUGAAGUCUGCGGCUUCCAAGAAACAAAAACUCUUCAGUUGUCUAAUCUGUCAGAAAUGUUUCCGCAAACGUAAGAAGCUCAACCAACAUAUGAGAGUGCAUAAUUCGCAAAAAACUUUGGAAAGUCCGCAAACUUCUGUCCAAGAUUCAACAGAACUUGCAGUGGUUUCAAAAGAAAUUUUAACUUCACAGGAGAAUUUGGAUAUGUCAUUUACUUCGCAGGGAUCUUCAGAAGUAACGUUGGGUUCGCAAGAAACGUUAGACAGUUCUGUAAGUUCUUCUUCAAGUGUGAAAAAAUCUGGCCGGACAAUUUGCCUUUCAUACUGCAGCAUUUGUGGCAAGGCCUUCCCCAAUCGCAAAAUGUUGGCAAAACAUAAGAGAAAGCACAAUUUGUUGAAAAGGUGGAAGAAACCUGCAGUGUUAGUGUUGUCAAGUUCGGAUGAGAAAGUUGAAGAAGGUGUUUCGCAGGACCCAGUGGAGGUGGUAGACAUCGAGAAGAAUGUCACAGACAGUGUUAGGAGUGUUGAAGACAGUGCUCCAGUUGGGACGGGAAAAACUGCUGACGAAACUGAUACUGUUCUUUGUGACAUGAAGUCAUCUACUGACCCAGUGGAAACAGUUCCUAGUCCCAGGGACAAGAAGAAGGUCUCCGAUUGUUUGAAAACUGUAUCCGCGGAUGUCGGAAGUGCUUUCAAUAGGCUAUUUAGAGCUGAGGACAAUGAUACGUCUGCUACUCCUGCUGCGACGAACAUUGCGGAAGCUGCAAGCACCCUUUCUUUCCCGCAGAAAGCAAAGAGGUUGCCUGGUGAGGAAAAGAAAGCGAAAACGAAAUCUACUGUUGUGAGAAGUGUUUUCGAUGAUAAGCAAAAACUGUUUGAAGCAGACAACAGUGUUGUUGACAACAUAUCUUCUGCUCCACUGGAUCCUGGUACUGCCAUCUCUGCCCAGAGAGUGAAGAAGUCUCCUGCUGUUAAAAAGAAAAAGAAAAGGUCUUCGAAGAAGAGUUGUGUUGAUCCUUCUCUGCUGACUGUCGUGUGUCAUAUUUGUGGCAAACGGUUUCUGCAGAAGUGUAAUGCGAUGAGCCAUCUGAAAAAAGUGCAUGAUUUAGUCGAGACAGACAUUCCUCAGGACAUUCUCGAUGGGAUGAGACGAGAAUACCAGUGUGAGAUAUGUCUGCGAACAUUCACUCAGAAGUGCUCCUUGCAAGUCCAUGUGAAUAGGCAUUCGGAGACAGGUUCAGUGUCAAAGGUCAAAGUCUUGAAAUCGAAAAAGAAAAUGUUUAAAAAGGUGGUGAGGUCAUCGAUUGGUGGUGAAAAGGUGAAAAAGGUCAAGCGGAGGUCAAGCGGUAACAAAGAGUUGUUGUCGUUGUUGGACGGUCCUAACCUAGAACAAGCCGCCCUUGAGGAAAAAUGUCGGUCCGCAGACGGGAUGGCACUCAAACGGCCACGAAAAACGUUAAAAAUUCCUGAAAUGAAUAACGAUCUUUACACGUGUCAUUUCUGUGGGAAGGACUAUGUGAAAUUCAGCAGAUUAGAAAGUCACAUCUCUAAUUGUGGCAAAGAGAAAGUCAGCAAGAAAAUGAAACAGAAAUUUGAGAAGUUUAGUCCGAAAGCUAAAUUGAUGCCAUCAGUAGACCAAUCCUCAAGUUAUGGCCUUGACUACGACACUGAAGCGUAUGAUGAUGAUUCAUCUAUGAAUACAUCUUGCAUCAAGUUUUCUCCUGAUGAUGCCUCUCGGAAGCAAGAUUGUGACCAGUUCGAACAGCUUGAGGCCAAUCUCCAGAAACUGACUCCAGAUCCGUCUCCUUCAAAUCGGCCCAUCAGGACCCCAAACAUUUUACCAGCUGGGUCUAACAGGGCACUGAAUGUGUUGCCUAGUCAUUCCCGUAAGCGCACCCCCAGUGCUUCGCCUGCACAUCGGAAGAUCGGCAAGUCGGGUUCGCCUCGUAAAGGCAGGAGUCCGGGGAGGAAGCCUAAGAAAGCACGACUGUCUGCUACUCCUGUGUGUGGUUUGUUCCCUGAAAGGGUUGAGGUUACGUCACCGUAUUUUAAGUCGACCCAGGUGGAGGUGGCGGACUCCAAGCCUGUUAUGGAUGAUGGUGCUCCAGACAUGUUCUCAAGUACUUCUGAGGAUGUCCUGCCCGACCCUACUCUUGGUGAGGCAAAGAUCAUCCCAAAAUACACGCCAACAUAUUCAGACAUAUCUGAUGAAGAGGAUGACAUGCCGUUGAAUAGACUUGCUAAGGUUGUCACUUCAAAAGAACCGCUCAAGUCUGGUCAAGAUAAGUCUAAAAAGGCUUCUCCGAAAGAUGCGGCGGCAUUGCGCAUCUCGCCCCGUCGUCGUUCAUGGGAUGUUGGCCAGAUACUCCACGACACAUCAAUAGCUCCUAGCCGGCAAAUAAGCCGAGCUUUGACUUUUUCAAACCAGGAGCAAACAAAUAUUCCUCCGGAAUCUGAGUUUGAUUCCGAGCCAAAGUACGAGUCGUACUCAAAGACUUUGAAGACUUUUGAGAGACAGCGACAUUGCUCUGAUGAUGGCAGAGUUAAGCGCAAGUCACGUUGGGACCAACCACCAGCACCGUCGGUUGACGAAAAACCUGUGUUGAGUGUCUAUGACUUCAUCGAUGAUGACAUUGAGAUGCGUGUUCCACCGGUGAAAAAAACGGAGCUAAAAUUGUCUGUUUCUGGUGAUAAAACGACAUCGAGUUCUAGUCAUUCAAAACCAGAAGGAUCUCGGACUAAGAAAAAGAUUUCACCGUCCGGUAAAUCGUCGAAGAUUCAUCGCAAGAAAUCAAAACAUGCCAGAUGGAGUUCGCCAAAGUCUAAGAAAAAAUUCCCAAAAAUUGAUAUUGCGCCAUCGUUUCAUGAAGUGAACAGUUCUUCCUCCGAACCUAAUUUUGCCUUGGCAAAUUUCAGUCCAAAGCGUAAAACCGAUUAUUCUAGUGCAAAUACAUAUAACCAGUGUGACCAAGGUCCUGCAUUUCAAACCAGUAAAGGAGGGCCAAGUUUUUUUGAAAGUCCUGUGAAUGUAUCGGAAAAGCCAAACCCACCAUCAACAGUUGAUCCUUGUGCCGCUAAAAACACUCCGAGGAGUUUGAGUUCAAUGAGUACAAGUUCGGCCAGUGCUUCUACAUGUAACAUUCAUUCAGAUUCAGUUAUGCUUCAGCCAAAUGUCCCUUUAAACGCUUCAAGUGAUGCUAGUAUGCUCAAGGAUAGUGCUGCCUUUCUUCUGAAGUCCGAUGGGAUUAUGUUGGGGCAUAGUGCAUCUAGACCUGUGAAUGCUCCUCAGGAAAGGCAAUUGGAACACAAUGCCUUUGCUUUCAAUUCUGAUUCCAGUAUGUUCCGAUCAAAACCGCCAGGACACUUCAAUGAUCCUCAGAAUUGGAAGGACACAAAAGUCUCGGCCACUCAUUCAGAUUCGGUAACGUUUGGUCCGAAUGCACAAAAAAGCUUGUCUGAUUUUCCAGUACUUAACGAUGUUGCAGUCGACUUGACAAAAACGUUUGGCUCCACUUCAACAAGCCGAGCCGCAACACCACCAAUUUCUGUUCCAAAGACCGAGUCGUCUGUUUCGGGUGGACGCUUCAAGUGCCACUACUGUGGAGAGACAUUCAAGUUCCAUUCGCUCUACAACCGUCAUCUGAAAAAGGAGCACAAGGUCGGAAGGCCAGCUACCGAUUGGUCACUUUAGGCAUGGCCUGGGUACUGUGAACACCUUAAGCACACGGUCCUAAAUUUGGGUAUUUUCAUUGUCAUGGCCAAGGAAAAUCCCUUCAUUAAUAAGUCGGAUAUUUUUAUGUAAUUCAUUGAACCAAAUCUUGAGAUUGAACAUCAUUUUUUGUGUAAGCUUCAGGCAGAGUGCUUGUACCGGUAACGAGGUGCUGUAAUUUGCUUUUUUCUAUAAUUUAUUUGCUUUAAAAAUGUGUAAUUAAAUUGACUUACUAUUCAAAGAGGGUUGUGCAGUUUUGAACGGGGUGUAUAUAGAAAAUACAACAACCUCCAGUUGCCUUCAACGAAAGAACCGAGGUUGUCUCCUGUUUAAAAUGAUUUGGCCAAGAUGACAACUAUUUGUAGCAUAAAGCUGAUGACAGAUUCCUACAUGUACACUGUACUUGGCAUGGCCUAAUCCUAUCAACAUCGCAUACCAUAGACAUAUUUUCAAGUGCUGGCAUGGCGGUCUGUCACAAACAUUUUCAUCUAUUGCGUUUGUAAAUCUUUUGUUUCUUUAUGAGAUGAUUUAAGUUUCUGCCCCUCGGGGGACACAUUUGUUAAUAGUGUUAUCAAGUUAUCUUCAUUUCUAUCUUUAUUCAUAGCUUUAUAGUAUUCUUUAGGUAUUCUUUUAUGUUUCAAUUCAGCUGUAAGUAUUUGGAAUCAUCUUGAAAUCGCUUGAUGCCAUUUCAGGUGAUAUUUUUUCAACUGAUGGAGGGGGCUGGCAAUUUUCCUGCUGAACGUCAAAAGAGAAAUGCUGCACAGGUGAUCAGUGCAUGGAUAUGCCCCCUAAUGGACACCAUUGUAGAACUACCUAAGUGUUUGAGACAACAGGUCAAACAAACUGAUUUACUUCUUCGGGAACUACUUAGUUUCUUGCUGCCAUGGUGAACUCACUGUGGGAGAUGUAAUUCUCUGUGUUCAAGUUUAACGUUUUAGUUGAGAAAUUCUUUUGUCUUUUGCCUCGUAACAUUUUCUGUAAAAAAAGGUUGCAGCACAAGAGUUAGAUUCGCUUUGUAAAAUAGACUAAGUUCACUGCCUGUAAUUUGGUGCCUGGCCAUACUUGCCAAAUUAAACUUGCUUAGAUAUCUAAUAUAUUCGUACAAUACAAGCGUAUGUAAACAUUUAUAAUCUCUAUACUAAACGAAAUUGUGAAAUGUAGUGAUAUCCAGUGCAUGAAAUAUUUUGUAAUUUGCUGCUUGGUUCAAAAAAUAAUUUAGUGUUUUCAUGCUCUUGGUUAUAAAUGUGACUAGCCCUUCUCAAGACCAGUGGAGUCAGGGGUUGGGACGAUUUUUUAAGCUGUCUGAUCAAAAAAUUGAUAACGUUAUGAUAUUUGAUACAUGUAUUAUAAAGAUACUCAAUUUCUCAGUUUUUCCACAAAUUUCAUUCCGAAGUGUGAUGUAUGUUCUGGUUUGUUUCAGUUGCCAAAAUGCUUCUCUUGAAAUCUGUGAUUUUUUAUCUGAUGGAGCGAUCAUAGAUUUGGAAAGUUACUUUGCAAUUCCCAAACUCUUAUUUGCUCUGAACAGAGUUAAAGGUGUGUUUCAAGAUUUACCCAGCCAGUACAACAGUCCAUUUUAUGAAAAAAUGGCACUGCAGGCAAGAAGUCUAAAUUGGCUGGGAAAAGUUGUCAGUAUUUUGCUUCAAGUGGCUCGUCCUCGGUCAAUGUUUGUCCGAUUCUGGUAAAGUGAGUUUUUCUUUAUUCUUUGAACAUUUGCGCGUGCGCAUGAAUAAGUACACACCUGUCAACCAUGGGUGUGCUGAUUUAGACCUGAAAAGAGUCCUGAGAUUGGUAAGGAUUCUUGCUGUAAGAAGUCCGACAGCUUUAUAAGGUAAAGUGGUACAAAGAUAGCCCCCAGUCUGGUACACUGGUUUGUGUGUAUUAAUGUUUACUUCCAGCUGUUUUCUACACUAUUGGGACUAUAAUUGUUCCACUGUACAUUGUGAAAUCAUGUCAAUUUUCUCUUAUACAGUGGCCAAGCUUUGUAAAUGUUUAUAUACAAAUUAAGAUUAGAAUGCGGCGAAUAAUACUUAGUUGAGGAGAAAACCAAUAUUAUUGUAUUCAAGAUGUCAAAGACUGGGCUAAUCCAAGUUUUGUAGUCGAUUUAUGACCAUAUUAUCAUCAUGUAAUAUAUUAUUUUAGUUUGUAGUUUGACCCUGACUGGAACCAAUAGCAUUGCGUUAGUUGUGUGCAUUGUGAUGGGGAGACUGGUUGUAUGGGUUCAGUAUUACUUGGACCAUGAUGAGGCUCUGUACAGGUUCAAUUUAUGUUUGAACUUGCUUCACCCUUGUUUGGAUAAUGAAUAUGACCGAUGUACCUUUGUACAGCAAGCUGCACUUGUCAUAUUCAGAUGAAACUUGACAGCCCAUUUUCUCUGACCUGGGCUCGAUAGAAUUUACACCGAGCGAUUAAUAUUGCUUGUCUGCAGGCAGAUCAGUCAUAAUCCUCAUCAUCUUGCAGAUUUCCAAUUUUCUUGGAACUACUUAAACUUGAAUGUAUGUUGUACUCUAAAUGAAAAUGUUAUUGGUUCACAUUAGAAAGGAAGUCCCUAGUUUUAGUUGUGUGUUAGUUUAGAAUAACGUACGGUUAUAUGUGCAUUUAUGUAUUUUAAAUUUGAUAUUUUUUGACUAAAUUAAAAAACAUGAUUUGAUA